AUAAUCGAACAUAAAAGUGUAAAAUUUUGACAUUGAAAGUUAUAUAACUCUAAAAUCGUAGGUAUCGGGAACAGGAACAUCGAACAACACUUUUAUAAGUGACUAGUGACAGUGAGUGUCGGCGACGAUUUAGUAGAGAAUACACAAGUAUGUCUCAUCAUGUGCUAUCGGUUUGCAUCUUUUGCUUCAUCUGCGCGACACACACCCCUUGCGCUUCACACGCAGCAGUUAAACAUUCGCUACAUUAUAAAGACUACAGUGACCCAUUGAACUCGUCAUUUAUAGAAAAAUUUUCGGAACCAAAUCGAGAAAACGUGAAUACUCUCGACAAACACGGCAACAGUAUUAGAGAUGCGAAUCACAGAAAAAUUAAGCGGAAUAGUGACACUAGCGAUAGCGUAAAUGUAAAUAGUAGUGAUAGUGAUCAGGAUCACCUGAAGAAAAUAUUUUUAAAGUACGGCGAUGGAGAUUUCAUGACGCAGGAUGGGUUUAAGAAGUUCCUAUUGGAUUUAAAUUUGUCUAGAAUAUUUGUAAAAGAAGAUGAACAACAUGGGGAUUUGCACAAACAUACGGAGAAAGUAAACGAGACGUGUACAGAAAUACAAGAAAUUCCAAAAUCCAUCGGCCUAGAUCGUAAAAAUGAGAAAAUCAAUGAGACUUUGUUGUACAAGAUGUGCCCCUUUUUACUCUAUAGCUUAGUAAACAAAGACUGUACUUAUGAUUCGCACGAUCAUCGUCACACAGAGGAAGAGACUUCUUUAGUAAACAAUGGCUUCGUCUGGCUGUGUUCUAUCCUAGCUGUUAUACUUAUAAGCGCAUGCGGGGUGCUUUCUUUAGCCAUUAUACCGGUUAUGCAAAAACGAUUCUAUAAACCUCUUAUCCAGUUUCUGGUCGCCCUAGCGGUAGGUACUCUAGCUGGAGACGCUCUCCUUCAUUUACUUCCACACGCAAUGAGCACCACUCACUCCCAUCAUCACCAUACCCAAGAAGACACCCAUUCGCACGAUGAGAAUAUCCAAAAAGGCUGCGUCGCCAUGUUGGGUCUCACAUUUUUCUUCGUCAUGGAAAGACUGAUCUCGUUGACCGUCAAAUGGAGGAAGGGCAAGCAAAAGCAUCAACACUCUCACGUUACUGUUAUUAAUGACAGGAGGGAUAGCAGCAAUUUGAAGAAUGAUACUCAGUGUAUGGACAAAUAUAAUUCGUUUCCUUAUUGUUAUAAGGAUAUUAUGGAUAAUCCACAUACAACAUUUCUAGAAUCGGAUAAAACGGCUACAACGGUAGCAGAUCCCAGUUUGAAAUCGGAUUCUCAAAGAUUAUCAAAAUCUUCGACGUUUGAAAAACUGGAACCGAAUAACCAAAACGCUGAAUGUCCCUCAGAUUUGAAUAUUUGUACUGAAGCGAAUAAAAUGUUGACACCGGAACACAAAGUCAACGAUGAUUAUACGGUUAUAUUGAGGGAGCACAAAAGCGAACAUCACGGACAUUCCCAUAAACAUGGACACGUUCAUGCCGCGCCCAAGGAUUUCUCUUCCGUGGCUUGGAUGGUUAUAAUGGGAGACGGGUUACAUAAUUUUACUGAUGGUAUGGCGAUCGGCGCUGCAUUUUCCGGCAGUUUGGCAGGCGGAUUUUCAACUACCGUAGCCGUAUUUUGCCACGAACUUCCACACGAACUCGGCGACUUUGCUAUGUUACUUAAAGCUGGAAUGACGAUUAAGCAGGCACUUUUUUACAAUGUUCUCUCCAGCAUUUUGUGCGUUUUCGGCAACGUAUUCGGACUUGUUCUUGGUAAUACUGAAUAUGCGAGUUCUUGGGUAUUUGCCGCGGCUGCGGGUAUGUUCAUCUACAUAGCUCUGGUAGACAUGAUCCCCGAAUUGAGUUCGGCUCAUGAGGACGAAGGCAACGUGGGACAAUGCAUCUUGCAUUUGGGCGGAUUGCUUUCGGGACUAGGCGUAAUGGCCUUGAUAGCUUUUUACGAACACGAUUUGAUGACGGUCUUUAGCGAAUCGCGAUAAUGGGUCGUUGUGAUAUUCUUUUUUUUAUUUAAUUUUUUUUUAUUAUUAUUUUAAUAAUAGGUAAAGCAUUUCGAGUUUUUCCACAGGAUGAUAGAUAAAAAAUUAAAGAUGACUGAAAUAACUUUUCUUUCAAGUAUUUUUAGUUGAUUUAAACAAAAAAAAUCAAAGUUUCAUAAUAUAUGAAAUGUCGAUUAUUAUUUUUCAAUUUCAUAUACGGCAUUUUUGUAAUAUCAAUAAAAUCACGUUUUUACAAAUUUGAAUUUGGCCAUUGUUAAUUCGGCCUCUUUUAUCUAAGACACGCAUUAUACAGUACUUAUUUUUUCGUGUUAGGCAUGCAAGUUAAUAAAAUGGCAACAGGACAACAGCCAGUCGUCGACUAGUAUUAGAAGAUAUGCUGGUGGGAUAUUAACCGAUCGGAAUAUGAGGCAUAAAGCUAGGAGCAUAGCGAUAGCUGGGAUAUCGUAGUUGCCACAUGUUCGCUAUGAUAGCACGGCUAUGCCUAACACAAAAUAAUUUAUGUUGUAUACAUCAAAUCAUUAUAUCGACAUAGCCAUGUUUAUUGAAAAUAAAAUUUGACUUGUCAUGAUAGUAGAUAAUUUGAGGUCUUAAACUGAAAUACUCAUCCAAUGUGUAUAAAAACCAAAAUUUUAUACAAUAUUUUGACAUGUAGUUGGCAGGAUAACUUAACUUGAAAAGAUCAAGAAUCAUACUUAACUAGCUAUAUAUGCAUUUAAUACUUUUAUAUUUUUUACUUCUCUUAAAUGUGUUUUGGAUUUGAAAAUAUCCAAAAGUAAAGUUUAAAAAGUAAGGGAUAAAAAAAUGGUAAAGAUCAUUUUGAUAUAUUUUGUUUAGACUUAUUACCUCCAUUGAUAUCGAGGAUAAUGCAACAAGUAAUGAAAAUUUGCAUAACUUGUAUGGUAACAACAAAAUAGUAUAAAAAAAAAUUCUCGCCUCGUGUGGUAUUUGAAAAGAUUACAAUAUCAACAGAAUGUUAAUUAAAUGAAUUUAAAAACAAUUAGGAAAAAUUGAAUGAGUUUAAUAAAAUAUUUAACUUUAAAAUAAUUUUUCAGUUGUCACAGAAUUUAGUUAAAAAAAAAUAUAUGAAAAUUAGUUUUAAAUAUUUGUUUUACGACAUAUUUAUAAUUUUUCUAUAUCUAACUCAUUUAGAGUUAUAACCAAGGGUUUGACAGUAAUAUUAAUGUUUAUACUAGUAUGGCUAAAUAUAUAUGGAUACGUCGGGUGACAUAUUGUGCAAUAGUAAUCCGUCUACAACUGAGUCAAUAUUGUUUGCGUUUUACGUUAUAAAAAAAAUGUUUUGUAUUUUUAACAUCUUGUAUACACAUUAGAGUAACAUUUUAAUUACAUGCGGUUAAAAACGUCACUAUCAGAUAAUCUAGAACGUAAGUUAAGAAUUUUAACAAAUACAUAAGAUAUAUUUUAUAACCUUUUAAUUCAUUAUAAAAAAAAAAAUAUUAAAAAAUCUAAAGGGGUGAAAUCAAUAGAUAUAAAAAUUGUUUUGAUGUAAUUGAAGUUGAAAAUUUAUCAAAUCCGUAUACAGGAAAUGGAUAACUAGCCCCGACUGCUGUGUUUUCACAUCGUUGUCAAAUCUUUCAUUACUUUUGAGCUAACAGAACAAAUUUUUUUUUAAACAUUCUGUUUGUAAACAUCAAAAAAUUUUAACGAAACGAUACUUAAAAAAUACGUUAUGUAAAUAUUUUAUAACCUUUUGAUUUAUUAUAUAAAAAAAUAUUAAAAAAUUUAAAGAAGUGAAAUCAAACAAUAUUAAAAAAAAAAUGUUUUGAUAUAAUAGAAGUUGAAAAUUUAACCAAAUUUGUAUACAUUAAAUAGAUACUAUCCUCGACUGCCGUGUUUUCACACUGUUGCCAAAUCUCUCAUUACUUUUAAUUGAACUAAAUAAAAAUGUUUUGUAUUUUUAACAUCCUUAUUUUAUAAUAUAGAUGGUAUACAGGGAAACUUUUAGAAAUGUGAAUAUCCAAAAAGUAUGUAACAUUAUCUUAACUAACAAUGACCUACUUUUAAAUGAGAAAGUUUUUAAAAAAUCGUAUAGGGAAUCGAUUUUUUACAUAUAAUAAAAAUAUUUUUAAAUGGAACCGUGGUAUUCUCCAAAGAGAUCAUCUGUUUUCUACUUUAUGUGAAUUAUAUAUGAGCGUUAUGGAAAACGAAUAUUUACGAGGUUUUGUUGAAGAUGAUUUUGCUCUUAAUCGUGUUGUCGAUGACUAUUUAUAUUGCACAAUAGAAAAGCGAAAUAAAAAAAUAUUUCAACGUAUAUUGCAUAAAAUGUAUCAUAUAAACGAAUCAAAAACGGAACGCGCUAGUGGUUAUAGCAGUAAAGAUUUCGCUCAAAUUGAACUCAACUAUUACCAUGGCUGCGAUGAUUAUGAAAUGUUCGAUAUGGACUUGCAAGAAACGUUAACAUUUUACGACAAAAUAAUAAAUUUACGAACUAAACAAAUAAGCAAAUGUUAUAAAAAUAAUAACAUUCGAAACGGAUUUGGAUUUUGGAAUAAAAAACGGCUCUAACGAUCCAAUCAUGUUUAAAGGCAAUAAAAACCAUCCCUUUAAAAAAUCGUUUAAAAUAGUUUCUUCUGUAUUAAAUCUGAUGUUUAUUUCGAGAGGUGUAA